GCCGGGGGCGGGGCACCGGGCACAGCCAUGAGGCGGGACGUGCGCAUCCUGUUGCUGGGCGAGGCCCAGGUGGGGAAGACGUCGCUGAUCCUGUCUCUGGUGGGCGAGGAGUUCCCCGAGGAGGUGCCUGCGCGCGCCGAGGAGAUCACCAUCCCCGCCGCCGUCACGCCGGAGCGGGUGCCCACCCACAUCGUGGACUUCUCAGAAGCCGAGCAGACGGAUGAGGAGCUCCGAGAGGAGAUCCGUAAGGUGCGGGAGCUGCGUGGAUGGAGGCGCCGGCCGUCCUCGGCCCUGACAGCAAAUGUGGUGUGUGUGGUGUACGAUGUGUCUAACGAGACCACAAUUGAGAAGAUACGAACCAAGUGGAUUCCACUGGUGAAUGGGAGAACUGAGAGGGGGCCCAGGCUGCCCAUCAUCCUGGUAGGCAACAAGGUGGACCUACGCUCAGGAAGCACCAUGGAAGCUGUGCUACCCAUCAUGAGCCAGUUUCCUGAGAUAGAGACCUGUGUGGAGUGUUCUGCCAAACAUUUGAAGAACAUCUCAGAGCUGUUCUACUAUGCCCAGAAGGCCGUUCUACAUCCUACAGCCCCCCUGUAUGACCCUGAGACCAAGCAGCUGAAGCCUGCGUGCACCCAGGCCCUCACUCGAAUCUUCAGGCUCUCCGACCAGGACCUGGACCAGGCACUGAGCGAUGAGGAGCUCAGUGCUUUCCAGAAGUCCUGCUUUGGCCACCCUCUGGCCCCACAGGCCCUGGAAGAUGUAAAGAGGGUGGUGUGCAAGAAUGUGGUGGGCGGCGUGCAGGACAACAGACUAACCCUGGAUGGCUUCCUCUUCCUGAACACACUCUUCAUCCAGCGUGGACGGCAUGAGACCACAUGGACUAUUCUUCGACGCUUUGGCUACAGUGACUCACUUGAGCUGACAGCAGACUACCUCUGCCCACGGCUCCAUGUACCCCCUGGUUGCAGCACUGAGCUUAACCACCGCGGCUACCAGUUUCUGCAGCAGGUGUUUGAGAAGCAUGACCAGGACCAUGAUGGUGCCCUCUCACCCUUGGAGCUGCAAAACCUCUUCAGUGUGUUCCCAGUGGCCCCCUGGGGCCCUGAACUCCCACGCACUGUCCGCACUGACACCAGCCGGCUACCCCUGCAUGGUUUCCUCUGCCAGUGGACCCUAGUGACCUACCUGGAUGUCCAGCGCUGCCUCGAGCACCUUGGCUACCUAGGCUACCCUACCAUCUGUGAGCAGGACUCCCAGGCACAGGCCAUCACAGUCACUCGUGAGAAGAGGCUGGAUCAGGAGAAGGGGCAGACCCAGCGGAAUGUCCUCAUGUGCAAGGUGGUAGGGGCCCGAGGAGUGGGCAAGUCUUCCUUCUUGCAGGCCUUUCUUGGCCACAGCCUGAGGGACACCAGGGCAUCCCCUGGGGAGGCUCCCAUCCACGUUAUCAAUACAGUGCUGGUCAGCGGACAAGAGAAAUACCUGAUUCUAUGUGAGGUGGAUGUGGACAGCAUGCUGGCCACUUCCCUGGACACCGCCUGUGAUGUUGCCUGCCUGAUGUUUGAUGGCAGUGAUCCUGCAUCCUUUGCAUUCUGCGCCACCGUGUACAAGCGCCAUUACAUGGAUGGCCAGACCCCUUGCCUCUUUGUGUCGUCCAAGGCCGACCUGCCUGCAGGUGUCGCCCCACCAGGCCUGUCACCUGGGGAGUUCUGUCGCAGGCACCGGCUGCCUGCCCCCACCCCAUUCUCCUGCAGCGGCCUGACCCAGCCCAGCACUGAUAUCUUCACUCAACUGGCCACCAUGGCUGCCUUUCCGUGGACACCUGGUGCACACAGAGCUGCGCCCCACCUCCACCUGGCUCCGGGGAAUGCUGGUGGUUGUUGGGGCCACCGUGGCUGCAGUCCUCAGCUUCUCACUCUAUAGAAUCCUGGUGAAGAGCAGAUGAUGCCUCUCAGCCCCCUCUUCUGACCUAGUGGGGCCCCACAGGGGCAGUCUAGUGCAGGCUUUUGCCUCACAGCAUGACUAUGAGCCCCUGGGGCACUGCUGUGGUGCCCCUGCAUCCCCUGCCCUUUCCUCAGGCCCCUCCUCAGGGCUGGGUGUGCCCCCAGCACUGCCCCAUGAAAGCUCUGCCCAGUCUGCCUGGCUGAGCUGUGCUGAGAACCUGGGCUUGUGACCCAGAAGCUCCACUGCCUGGCCUGAGGGCUCCAUGGCAGAUGUUCCUGGUGGGAGGCCCUUUCCUCACCUUUGUGGGUAUUGGGUAAGGUAACCAUUGACCCUAGACCCAGAAUUCUUAGGGCUCUCCCUUGCUUCUGGUGUCAGUGGGUAUGCAGGGGCCAGUAAGUGGCUAGGCUGUUGUACAACCCCACCUUCCCAUCCAGUUUGAAGCCUUGUCUGUGGCAGAAGACAGAGGUUGGGUUUCCUGAUUAAACC